AUGUCUCAUGUAGUGCCGUGGGCAACUGGUCGCCACAAGCUCUUCUGCAGCCACACGUGCCCGUUGAAGAAGGCGCUGACACCAUAUCCAUGCCGCUCAUAUUCCGGUCCUUACCUGGCUGCUGUGCUUUCUGGCACAGCAGUAGAAGCUCCAGCAUUAAGAGGCCAGGAAGUAUCAGCUUUACAUUGCUAUAGCCCCAGCAGCAGCGGCAGCAGCAACAGCAGCAGCGGCAACACGGGAAUGAGCAACAGGGGAAGUGAUAGCCCCGUAAGGUACAACGUAAACAGAAGCGUACUUAUUAGGGUGAACAGCAGCAGAAGCAGCAGCAGCAGUAGCAUCAGCAGCUUUCGCAUAAAAGAGGGAUCUUUUGGUUCUUAUGCUCCUCGUUCUUUCUCCCGCACGGGCAGCCAAAACUGCAACCACUUCGCCACCAGCACAUCAUAUGUUACCCAAAGCAGCAACGGCAGCAGCAGCUACUGCAGCGACAGUGGGAAAAGAAGCAGCAGCGACAGCAGCAGUAGCAGCCGCUCCAGCAACAGCAACAAGGACAGCAGCUGGAGAAGCAGUCAAAGAAGCGGUCGCGACACCAGCGACGACAACAACUGUAGUAAUGGCAGCAGCAGCAGCUCCGACAGCAGCACGAGCAGCAGUAUUAGCAGCAAUUUGAGUCGAGUGAUGGGCGAAGAAAUAUUUUUAGGGGCGAAGAUUCGGCAGCAAAAUCUGUGCAAGCGAGUCCCAUUUAGGGUUCAUCGUACAGGUGAGCAAAAGCAACUGCAGCUGCAGCAUCACGAGGAGCGCCAGAGGCAGCCGCUGCUGCAGAAGCACGAGCUGCUGCUAUCGCUGCAAGAGGAGUGCUUUCACAAAUUGUAG